UAGGGAAACAAUACUGUUCAGUUCAGAAGUUUGUCUCUUGUGGAUAACGUGUUGAGURUCAUCGACCAAUAAAUGUCAGUAUAAAGCAGUACAGCUAUUAUGUUUAUUGAUAACAUUUCAUAGACAACAAUAAAUAUGAUUAGUUAAGCAUUCAAAACAACAGUAACGUAAUUUUUAUAAAAUUAUAACUAAAGUCUAAAGGAAAUAAAUAUUUUAAAAUAUAGAAAUUGGUAGAGGCGACUCAUAAAAUCAUGAAUGAAACACAUGGUCAUGUUUUCCAAAACUUAUUCAAAGAGUUAAAAUCAGAUAAAACAAUUGACUCAUGGUUAUUUGUUAAUUCACCAUGGCCAGUAUGCAGUAUUUUGGCACUGUACUUAACAUUUGUAUUUAAGCUGGGCCCAAAAUUAAUGAAAAACCGAGAACCAAUUAACAUUAAGUACAUGGUCCUAUUCUAUAACUUAAUGCAGACUAUAUUUAAUAGUUACAUUUUAGCUUACCAAUUAAUUAGACCAGAAGUUUUUAAUUAUUUGUGGAACCAUGCAUGUCAUCCUGAUAAUACCAAAAGUAACAUUGCACAUGAGAUACAUGUUGCAUCAUGGUAUUUUGCAUUUUCAAAAAUAUUAGACUUAUUAGACACGGUGUUUUUUGUAUUGAAAAAAAAACAAUCGCACAUUUCAUUUUUACAUGUUUACCAUCAUGUUAACAUGGUAAUCACGUGUUUUGCCCACCUCAGAUUCAUCAAAAGUGAAAAUGCUGCAAUUGGAACCAUCAUUAAUUCAUUUGUUCACGUAGUCAUGUACAGUUACUAUUUCUUAACAGCACUUGGGCCAAGCAUCCAAAAGCAUUUAUGGUGGAAAAAAUACCUAACCCGUAUACAAAUAAUACAAUUUAUAAUUGGAAUGCUGUAUUGUGCAGGUCUUUUUGUGUUUAAUUGCACUUUUUCUAGAAUAUUCAUUGCAUACAUAUUUGCUGACGUAUUUUUAUUUCUUUAUUUGUUUGUUAAAUUCUAUAAAAAAACCUACAAACAAAAAAACAAGACCCAGUGAACCAGACACGAUUAAGACAUUUAAAUGUGUGUGCAUGUGUGUGUAUGUGUGUAUACUGUAUAUAUAUAAUAUAUACAAUGUAUACCGUUCAUUAAUCAUAAAUAAGUAAUUAACGGUACAUGUAAUUCAACAUUGAUUUAAGUAAUUAAAAUUAUGAUUUUUUUCAAAAUGUAAAUUUAUGUAUGACAUUUAUAUCUUCUACGCAAUCUACGCUACAAUAUUAUAAUAAAAUUUAAAACUAAAUAAUGUUCAUUGUUAAUAUAAAUAUAAAACAUAUAAAUUGUGAUUUCAAGUAAAACAUUUAUUAUGUGUUUGGUUCAAUUGUAGUUAAGCAUACUCUUUUKUGAGUACCUACUAUGUUUAAAUGUCCUUAUUUACCGUAUUUGUAUUUAACGACAUUACAGUGUAUAUGUAUCAUAUUUUAAACUAUUUUUAAUUGUUAUUUUACUCUGUUUAUUAUUAAAUAUUUGUAAGUAAGCCAUA